CAACUCUCUUCUUCCUUAACUCAAAUCCCAAUUUGUAUUAGGGUUUUAGGGUUUUAGCAGACCCAAACCAAAAGAACCUACCUUUACCUUCUUCUAAAUCUCAACUCUCUCUCUCAGUUACUGAAAAUCUAUAAUCACUACUUCACUCAUAGAUUUUGGAAAGUUUAAGAUUUGGCCAUUUUAAGCUGCAAUGACGUUGCUUGAACUGAUAACAAAGGCCACAGUCAGUGCCCAAACACCCACUACUCCACCAGAUUACCCAGUUGUUCUUGACCCGGAUUCCAUUUUCCCCAAUUUGAAUCUAGAAGAUAGUGAAUUGUGUGCCUCAAAUCUUGCUGUUCCGGUUACCGGAUGGAAAAUCUCUCAAUUAGAUUCUGAGAUUAUUGACUUGUGCAAGCAUUUCUUUACUAAGCUUCAGGGAAAGCUCAAAAAUCCAACUACUUUUGCUAAAGAGGAAUUUUUGGAGACUCUGAAGUCGUUCCUUGAGAAUGUUAAUGAGAAACUUGGACUUUCGAUUAGGGUUACUUCUUCCAACAGUGGGUAUACUAAGGUCUUAGUUGAGAAAGUAGGGUUCUGUAUGGGCAAAGAUGUUGCUGCUUUGGUUUUGGAAGCCUGCAUUGUUUUUGAGAUUUGGGAAUUGGUAGAGACCUUGAUUUCAUAUGGCCUUGUUGUAAAUUCUUGUUAUCCUAGUUUGGUUCCUAAACUCGUAGCAAGUGAGAGAUCAGACCUACUUUGUCAUUGCAUUAAACAGGCAUCUGAUCUUGGCUCAUCAGAGUUGCUCGCCAUCUUGAAGUAUUUCCUUAGUUUUUCCAAAAAAGCUGCUAGUGAUAAUACCAUGCUAAAUGUUCGAAACGAAUGGGAGAAACAAGCACUGUUUGCCAUGGAGAAAGCCACUGACAAAACUCUCUCGGUAGAAAAUUCUAUCCUCGCAAAGGAGGCUGCGGUUUUGCUCAUGUUGGCAUAUGAUAAUUUCUCUUCUCAAGAGCUGUGUUUGCAUUAUCUAUUGGCAUCAGUGAAUAUCGAUGAUGUUGUCUUAUCUUCAGCCUUUAGCAAGUUGAAUGGGAAAGAGAUGAAGAGCUUAAUUCGGUAUUUGGGAAAGUGGCUGAAGAAGUAUGAAAGGUUUCCUCAAGCUGUUCCUUGCCAAAAGGCAUCAACCUUGUUCGGUUUGAAGGCUUGUGAUUGGGUUCCUAAGCUCGAAGAUGUUGCGAGAUGUCUCGGUUUAGUGUUGGAUGGGAACUUUUCGGCUCUGGUGUUGCAUCCCGGGUUUCAUGAAGAACUCAUAUCCAUAGAGUCAGUGGUUUGUUCUUUAGCCUUGGAUUCAAGACUAUUCUGUUCUGUGGCUAAUGUGAUUGAAAAAUUUGAAAAGUCAAAGUUAGUUCAAGGUAGCUAAGGUAGAACAUGUUAUAGUUACUUUUGAGUCAAAAAUUUUGCUGUCAUUGUAAUGUUAAUUAUUUGGGAAUGAAUUAUUCAUCCUUUAAUUUUUCUUUUUAA